UCCUUGGGAUUGGCUUUAGGUUGACCGGAAUGCAUAAACUCUUGGUGACAGAACAAUGAACCGCAGGGCCGGCCAUGUGGACUACUGGUGCCACUGAUCGCCCAUUUUCCGGAUGACCUGAGACCAAAGCACCAUGUCCCGCGCCUUCCAGUGCUCCAACAAAUCUCGGGUCCCCGAAACUGCGCUACAGAAGAGUCUUCGGACGUAUUGUUAUUGACUGCAAAUGUCUCGGUACUUUUGCCCACUGGAAUGUGGCUUGACAGAUUAAUUAUAUGUUACUAGGCAGUUGAAGAUCAACUAAAGAUGUGUGGCCACAAGAGAGAUGUUGAUGUCUUUGAGCUGUUCCUUUCUCAAAAGGAACUGACAGAUGUCAUUGAUCUAUCUAGAUUUAAAAACUUAAAAUACUUAUGGCUUCAUCAUAAUAAGCUCCAUGGGAUAGCAUUUUUAACUAGAAAUCACUGUCUGACCGAACUAUAUCUAAACAACAAUGCAAUAUUUGAGAUAGUAGGCCUGCACUAUCUGCCUUCGUUGCAUAUCCUCCUGCUGCAUCACAAUGAGUUAACAAAAAUUGAUGACACAGUGAAGGAAUUAAAGGGAAUGCUGAACCUGAAGACCCUAAGUCUAUACCAAAACCCUUUGUGCCAAUAUAACCUAUAUCGUUUAUAUAUAAUCUACCACCUUCCAGGAGUGGAGCUGCUUGAUCGAAAUCAGGUUACAGAAAAAGAAAGAAGAUCAAUGAUUACUAUUUUUAACCAUAAAAAGGCUCAUAUCAUUCAAUCAAUUGCAUUUGGAGGAAAAGUAGAGACCUCAUGGAACCCAAAAUUACCAUUAAAGCAGAAACCUGUCCAGAGACUACCUUCAGAUUUUACAUUUGCGGAUAAUGUAGACAAAACUAUGUUUGACAACCUAGAAGAUGCUGUUUUUGUAAGGUCCAUGAAGAGAUCACUGAUGGCUCUGACCACUUUGAACUGGGACUCUGUUCCAAUGCGAGAGGAAAAAUUCCUGGAAGAGAAAGGCCCAGAACCUCCUCAGCUGCUCACAGUAACACUGAGAUAACCCCCAGCAAAUGCUCAGUUAACCCUGAGAUAACCCCUGGUACUACCAGGAAUCCUAGUGGUACUUAGUUGUGUAUUAAACCUCCCUGUAACUUAGCAUAUUA